AUGCCGCUGCUCUUUCAGAUGACCGUGUGUGUGGACAUCCGUGUUGUGGUCCCCGGAGCCUGGGUAGCCUUCUCUUACAGCUCCGUCCACGCACCCAGGCCUGAGCUGGGUCUGGAGGGAGACGACGGGGCGCUGUAUGGGUGGCUGCUAAGGGUUGAUGGUAAAAUGGUGGCCGAGAGGACCGUCAUCGCUCAGGCCAUCCCCCCCUCCGGCUCCCUGUGGCUGGGCUGUCGUCCCAGAGACAGGCCCCUGGGAGCACAGCUCGGAGAAGUGGAGCUGUACCUGUUCCGGAUGUGGGCCGACUUGGGUGACCACGGCCUCUGCGAGGAAGGCACUGUGAUUGGUUGGGACGCUCGGCACUGGGGUGUGAGCAGUCCCAGUGCCAGAGAGAGAGACCCUAACCUUCUGUGUGGGCUGCCUUCAGCUGUCACUGCCUCAGGUCCCGUCACAGCGAGACCUGAGUCAAACACGAGCAGCCACACGUCCGUGACCGCAGAGGCUUACUUUUGGAUGCUGAUAAGUGUGGAGGCCGUUGUCAGCAGUAAUAUUGAACGAGAUGUGAAAGAUCUGGUGUCAGACGCGUUCGGUUGCGGAGGGAAAGCAUCACCAAAUGUAACAGGCUUUCUGGAUUUCUGUCGGGGUGGCAAAAAACUUAAGGUCGAAGAGGUGUCCUGUAGCAGAAUAAGGGACACGAGGAACGCAACCUGCGGCGUGCUGUCGCAGCUCCGCCCCGCUGCCUCGGCCUGUGAUCUGCAGCGCGCCGGAGCCUCUGCACUGCAGCGCGCUGGAGACGGGAGGAUGCGAGCAACCAUCGUCGGGGAGGUGGAGAGAGUCGGUCGAGAUCUGUGUGAGGACCUGAAGUCCCCUGGUGGCAGUUUUGUGCGGUGCAUAUCCACGUCCUCCCUGGACGACGUCUGUCGGUCCGACGCACACUCUGAGCUUACCUGCUCCCUCAUAGACCUCCGCCACCCCGACCCGGCUCCGCGGCCUAAGGCAGGAUCCUGCAGCAGCCAGUUUUUCGCCAUAAGAAUCAACAUCAACAGGGUUUCUGUUGAUGUUGACUUCCUAAAAAAAUUGCAUGGACCAUUCUUUGUUUCCAGGAAAUCAUGUGGAGAUUAUUCAGAGAUUUCAAAGAGUUACCAGGGUGCUCACCUGGAAUGCCAUGGGACACAACAGAGGUUGUACAGCUGCAUGGUGAUACUGCAGAUGUCUGGACCUGUCAAUGGUUGCUUUCUCAGUAGACUUCUGCAACAGCUCAUUGACGGGAAUAGUGGCAUCACAAACGAAAGGCCACUUACACCCAUGGUGGUGUGUGGUCCUCCUGGUUCACCUUUCCCUACUCUGUUGGCAUCCAACCUGACCUGGGUUGCCAGUGACCUGCUGACUUCUGAUGUCUGCCAACCUUACCCCACUCUGCUUAAAUGUGAGGCAAAUGAGACGCUUGCUGUUCUUCUGACUGACAGCUGCCCUCUGGAGCCUCCCACAACCAAACAGAGCACCACUCAGCCUUCCAACAGCAACAUUACUACAACUUCUGAGGCCUUACGACCAUCUGUCACCAACACGACCCAACAAACUAAGACGACAACUGAAAAUACCACAGCAGUUCCACGGAAAAAUGCAUCACAAGGAACAGCUCAGCCUAACAUGACAACAUCACUCACAACAAUUAACAGUACACAAUCCUCGACAGCACAACCUGUCCUUCAAACAACCUCACAAAACAUGACUGUGCCUGCCUCUGAUAGUACAACAGUGCAGUACGCUGCAUCAGAUAACAAAACAUUGUUGACACCCACUGAAAACACAGUACUUCAAGACACAACCACAGCACAACAAAAGACAACAGAAUUCAUGAGGUUAUCCUCUGUCAACUCAACACGACCCCACACCACUUCUGCCGGCCACCUAACGUCACCAAACACAACAACUGCUCUGAUUGAAUCAACAUUUAACACAACUACACUGUCUCCCAGUCACACACCACUGUACAAUGUAUCUACAGCAGAUGCAUUUACACAUUCUCCCAACAACCACACCACAGUGUACAACGUAACUACAGUCACACCUUCUACUAAUCACACAACAGUCUACAAUGUAACUACAGUUACACCUUCUACUAAUGACACGAUCUACAAUGUAACUACAGUUACACCUUCUACUAAUCACACAACAGAGUACAAUGUAACUGCAGUUACACCUUCUACUAAUGACACAACGCUCUACAAUGUAACUACAGUUACACCUUCUACUAAUGACACAACAGUCUACAACGUAACCACAGUUACACCCUCUACCAAUCACACAACGCUCUACAAUGUAACUACAGUUACACCUUCUACUAAUCACACAACAGUCUACAAUGUAACUACAGCCAAUUUAUUUACAGCUAAUGACACAAAAGUCUACAACAUAACCACAGUUACACCCUCUACCGAUCACACAACGCUCUACAAUGUUACUACAGCCAAUGCUUUUACAAACAACCACACCACAGUGUACAACGUAACUACAGUCACACCUUCUACUAAUCACACAACAGUCUACAAUGUAACUACAGCCACCAACAAUAACAUAACAACCUCUAACAAUUACACAGUAGGGUACAAUGUAACUACAAUUGACAACAAGAACUUACACAAUGGCACAGUUACAACAAGUAAUGCAACAGUAAGCAUAUAUACACCUUCUCCCAAUUAUACGACAGCAAAUAAUGUAACUACAGUCUCUAACAACUACACAACAGCAGAAAAUAUAACAACUACUACUGUCUCUUCAAACAACAUAACCACUGCACCCAUCAGAGAAACACAAGAGAACACAACUGUGUCUACCACUGCUUCACAAGUUAAUGAAACUCUGAAGAAUGCAACAAUAUCCCCAGAAAACUCGACUCUGGACAAUAUGACUUCUGUUGUUGACAACACCACUAAUUCCACAGCAGCUCCGCUGAGCUAUCAGACUAAAAAUCACACCACAGUGAGCAUGACUCACAGCAUCACGACAUCCAACAAAAACGACAGCAACUCCACCACACCUGCCAACGGAACCGAUCCCAUUAUUAAUCAUAACGUAACUGCAGGAACCAGCUUCAGCCUGAGCUCAACUGCGCGCAGUUUAACAACUGAUUUUAACCUAACAACAAAAAAAACAGGAGUAAAUUUAACAACUACAGCGGCUAAUGCUUCGCUUGUGCAUAUAUCCACAAGCUCAACCACAACCACCACUACUGCUACUACUACCCAUGGCCCACUUCCACCCCAGAUUAACAACACUACUGCUGAGGUGUCCUCAACUUCUACAACAACUCUCCAAACCACCACCUUGACCAGGACAACCACAACAGUGACUGGAACUACUUCUAGAACUACUCUGGAGACAACCAACAGCCAAGAAGCACAGGAGCAGCAAGCAAACGAGCUGCUGGAUCAAACACAGGAUUCGUCCCAGCUCAACUCCUCUCAGGUGGCGCAGUUGGUGGGGCAGUUGGAGAAGCUCCUGGAUGGCCCCACCGUCUCUCAGUCGGUGGGACAAAAAGCCAUUAACAUCAUCAGCAACCUGAUGGACGGUGACUCAGUGGCCCUCUCUGCGUCUGCUAAUAGGCUGAUUCGAGUAGUGGAUGAUCUGGGUCUCAAGCUGGUCGUCAGCGGCGACAGAGGGAUCCUCUCCGCUCCUUCGCUGGUUCUGGCAGUCAGGACAGUGGAUGGGACCAACUUUCCAGCAACAUCUGUCGACAUCUUCGACACGGAUAAUGUCCAGCUCCGUUCUCGCAGCAGGCCCUGGUCCAGGAGGUCAGGUCCUGCUCUGGGGUCCGUAUUCUUGCCCUCCACCCUCACCGCGGGUCUUAGUCCUGAGCAGCAACAGCAGGCCAGCAGGGUCCAAUUCACUUUCUACACCAAAAGUGCCUUUUUCCAGGAUGCAGCAUUAGACGACAAAACCCUCGUCAGUCCAGUUCUGGGCUCCAGUGUUGCCAACUUGUCAAUAGGCAACUUGACUGAGGACAUUCAGUUUACCAUCCGAAACAGCAACCCCAUACACGGAAACUUUGUGGCCUCCUGUGCAUUCUGGGACUUCCCUCUGAAUGGUGGUCGGGGUGGCUGGAGCUCUGCCGGCUGCUUUGUUGUCAAUGCCACACCGGAGGAAACGGCCUGCAGCUGCAACCAUCUCACUUCAUUUGCAAUACUGCUGGAUUUGUCCAGAGGAGGAAUAACUAACCGUCAGCAGGGACAAAUCCUGACUUUCAUCACUUACAUCGGCUGUGGAAUCUCUGCUGUUUUUCUGGCCGUCACCUUACUGACAUACCUUUCCUUUGAAAAACUGCUGCGAGACAUUCCUGCCAAGAUCCUGGUCCAGCUCUGCAUGUCCCUCCUCCUCCUCAACCUGGUCUUCUUACUGGACGGCUGGCUGGCGCUCUACCCGGCGACCGGGCUGUGCAUCAGCACCGCCUUCUUCCUGCACUACUUCCUGCUGACUUCCUUCACCUGGGCAGGGCUGGAGGCUCUGCACAUGUACCUGAGCAUUGUCCAGGUGUUCACUCCUUACCUGAGCAGAUACAUGCUCAAGUUCACGCUGAUUGGCUGGGGUAUUCCUCUUUUUGUGGUGAUCAUUAUAAUAUCAGUAGACAAAGACAACUAUGGUCUGGUUACAUAUGGAAAAUACACAGAUGGCACUUCAAAUGACUUCUGUUGGCUGCGUAAUGACAUCGCCUUCUAUGUGGGCGUGGUGGCCUACUUCCUCCUGAUCUUUGCUCUGUGCCUGCUGGUCUUCAUCGUCGUUAUGGUCCAGCUGGCCCGGAUCAAGAAGCAGAACCCUCAGAACCAGUCCCCUAACAGGGGAGUGUUGACUGACCUGCGCAGCAUCGCUGGCCUCAUCGUCCUGCUCGGCCUCACGUGGGGGUUCGCUCUGUUUGCCUGGGGGCCCCUCUACUUACCCUUCGUUUACCUUUUCUCAAUAUUCAACUCUCUGCAAGGUUUCCUUGUCUUUUUCUUCCACUGUGCUGUAAAGGAGAAUGUCCGCAGGCAGUGGAGGACUUAUCUCUGCUGCGGGAGACUGCGACUGGCUGAAAACUCAGAAUGGAGUCGGACGGCCACCCAGAACAACAGGAAUCUGUCGGCCACCACGGCAACCACCUCAGCUCUCCACCUCAACUCUCGAAGCUCCUCUGUCAUCAGCGAUGGCACCAACAGCAGUGGCUCCAUGUUUGCAGACAGCGGGAUAUCCGACGGCUCCAACAGUGACGUUGUCCUCAACGAGCUCCACAGGCGGGACCUGUCACCGCGUGGCGAGGCCUGA